AUACAGAGCCCAUCAUAACAAAUUUACACCGAAGUCUUCUACUUCCCGGUUCUCCUCGUCUGCCAGCCAAAUCGUCUUCUGACGCCAAUUUCCUGAGCCGGAGGCCAUGAACUCCGGCAAUCCGCAUGGCAUUUCCGGGCUCGCUAUAUCCGUUACGGAAUCUAUCCGUUCGUUUUUUCUCUCCGCCUCUUGGGACCCGCACCUACCUCUAGAACUUCGAGGAUUCGCUUCGAAUCUCUCUUCACAAUCCAAUGUAACAUACAAGCAACUUCGAAAUAUAUGGAUCAAUACGACAGCCGAGAGUCGAUCGGACUUCCGUCAGCUGUUCUCCGCAUCGGAUUUCGUAUUUUCCAGACCUAAGUCUAGAGAGAAGAGUGAAGAAUUGAAGGCAAGAUUGAGGAAGCUUGCGGAAUUAGGAGAGUUUAAGGAUAUCGCCCCAAAGAAAAACAUGAAUGAGCCUUUCUCUACAUAUAAGGAUCAACUUGGUUUUGGUUUCCAUGUUGUGCUGACCAUGUUUACUGGCUAUCUGGUUGGAUAUUUGGCAUUUAGAGCAUUGUUCAACCAUAGUCCUGUCAUGAAUGCUGCUGGAGGUAUCAUGGGAUUGGUUUUCGGCAUGCUCCUUGAAACUCUUCUGUUCAUUAUUAGAACAUCUGAUCAUGGCCUCAGAUCACCACCUCCAACUUCCAGAAUGAAAAAGAAUCAAUAGGCUAGUCACCAAGGGGUGCCCCCUCUUUUCUUUUCUGAAUUGUCUAAUUUCUGUUGUACAUAGCAACUAAUAAUGUUGUUAAACCUUG